UAUAUAAUAUAAGUUGUUGGAGGCAAAACCAAAAUCUUCUCUUUUCUGUAUAAAAAAAGAAAGAAAGAAAGAAAGAAAUUCAUCCAUUUCAUUUCUCUGAUCAGUAGUUGAAACCAACCAAAACCCAAACUUUCCCUUCCUCUAUAUCUCUGGUUUGAUUCAUCCAUAGAUCUGCAAAUUCCAAUUUUCAUUGUUGAAAUGAAGUUUUCCCCUUUCUUAUUCCCAGAUCCUUCUUUUCAUACCAAAAGUGUUCCAUUAUUAUGUUGAGAAAGCUGGUGUUCUUUGUUGUUGAUGUUGCUCCAGUGUUCCAUUAUUGAGUUGAGAAAGCAAAGGCUGGUUCGGCUCGCUGUUCGGUUUUCUUCGGGUUUGGUUAUUAUUUUUCAGUGGUGGUUUAGAUUAGGCGUAUUUGGAGGUUUUGUGGAUGAGAUGAGGGAUGUUAUCAGGGUUGAUUAACCUUUUGAGGGCCUGUUUUUGGCCGAGGUCGGAUCGAUACAAUCACGAAAGUGCAGAUGCCGCAGGCCGUCAAGAUGGGCUUUUGUGGUACAAGGAUAUUGGACAGCAUAUUAACGGCGAGUUCUCGAUGGCAAUGGUUCAGGCCAACAGUUUGAUUGAAGACCAAAGCCAGCUUGAGUCUGGUUGUUUGAGUUCACAUGAGUCAGGACCCUAUGGUACUUUUGUUGGCGUAUACGAUGGGCAUGGGGGGCCAGAGACUUCGCGCUACAUCAAUGAUCAUCUCUUUCAACAUCUCAAGCGGUUCACUUCUGAGCAUCAGACAAUGUCAGUUGACGUAAUACGAAAAGCAUAUCAAGCAACAGAAGAGGGUUUUACGUCUCUCGUUGCCAAACAAUGGCCUAUGAGCCCACAAAUUGCAGCUGUUGGAUCCUGCUGCCUGGUUGGUGUUAUCUGUGGCGGCAACCUUUACGUUGCCAACCUUGGUGAUUCACGUGCCGUUUUGGGGAGAGCUGUAAGGGAAACAGGAGAGUAUCUAGCCAGUCAGCUGUCGGAGGAGCAUAACGUGUGCAUAGAAUCUGUAAGACAGGAGCUGCAGUCGUUGCACCCUGACGACUCGCAGAUUGUUGUUUUGAAGCACAAUGUAUGGCGUGUAAAAGGUCUUAUACAGAUUUCCCGAUCAAUCGGGGAUGUAUAUUUGAAAAAGGCUGAGUUCAACAGGGAGCCUUUAUAUCCCAAGUUUCGCCUCCGUGAGCCUUUUAAAAGGCCGAUAUUGAGCGCAGACCCAUCGAUAUCAGUGCACAAGCUAUUGCCAUAUGAUAAAUUCGUGAUAUUUGCGUCCGAUGGGCUCUGGGAGCACCUAAGCAAUCAAGAGGCUGUCGAUAUUGUUCGAAAGCAUUCUCGAAGUGGAAGUGCUAGGAGGCUGGUAAGAACUGCUCUACACAAAGCAGCGAAAAAGAGAGAAAUGCGGUAUUCCGACUUGAAGAAGAUCGACCGGGGUGUCCGUCGGCAUUUCCACGAUGACAUCACAGUAAUCGUGGUGUUCCUUGACUCAAACCUAGUCAGCAGGGCUAGCUUCAUAAAGGGUCCAAACCUAUCUGUUAGAGGGGGCGGAAUGAACUUGCCUCCUAAUACACUGGCUCCUUGUACCACGCCAACGGAAUCCAGCAUGACCUGAUCAUGCAUCAACACACGUUUUUCUGUGUUGCAUCAGUUUCUUAUAUGAAUACCGAGUAGCUUCUGGACCGGUACGAGAACCGAGCCUUCAACGCCUCUAAGAUACACUGUAACUGCGUCUAGCUUCUGUGCUGAAAAACUUAGAACUAAAGAGUACAAAGAUGACAAUCACCUGUGAUAGUUUCCUAAGUCUUUAUUUACUUAAUAAUAGUCUCCUCUUUC